AUGUUUCUUCAACGCGGCUCACGCGCCGUACGGAUGCAAUGGCACGUCUCCAAGAGCAUGGCCCGUCUGGCCGCGGCGAGAGCUGCUGGCGUCUACCCCUCCAGACAGUUCCACGACACGCGGAAUUUGAGGGUUAUCAAGCCCGUCUUGCUGGCAGACAUUGGCGAAGGUAUCGUGGAGUGUGAGAUCAUCCAGUGGUUUGUCGAGCCGGGCGCCCGUGUCGAAGAGUUCUCCCCGCUGUGCGAGGUACAGAGCGACAAGGCUUCAGUGGAGAUCACAAGCCGCUUCUCGGGCGUGGUGAGGAAACUACACUACGACGCUGGCGACAUGGCAAAGGUCGGCAAGCCUUUUGUCGACAUUGACAUCCAGGGCGGGGCCAAGCAGGAAGACCUCGACGCACUGACGGCCCCGACCGAGCCGGCAGUGGAGAGGCCCAUGCAGAGCACGACGGAGCCCACUUCGCCGCAACAACAGCAGGCGAGAACGCAUCAGGGAGAGCAGAUACAUGGGCAAACAAGACAAGAGCCGGCGGUCACCGCGCCCCAGGGCGCCGAUGUACAGGAAGCUCCGCGGCAGCCAAAGGGCACGCAUGCCUCGCUUGCCACGCCCGCGGUGCGGCACCUCACCAAGACCUUGAACGUGAAUAUUACGGACAUCGAAGGCACGGGGAGAGAUGGCAGAGUCCUGAAGGAGGACGUACAGAACUUCGUCAAGCGUCGCGAGUCCGGGGACAAGCCGGCGUCAACCUCAGCCCCGCCUCCCGGCGCAUUUCCUACCCCGGGACCCGUCGGGGGCGCGCAGCUCGAGACCCGCGUCCCGCUCACGAACACUCAGCAGCAAAUGUUCAAGUCCAUGACGCGCUCCCUCACGAUACCGCACUUCUUGUACGCCGACGAAAUCGACUUCUCCAGCCUCGUCCAGCUGCGCACCCGCCUCAACCGCGUGCUCGCAACAGCUCCAGAGGUGGGUGGCGGCGAGACAGGCGUCGCGAAGCUUUCUUACCUCCCCUUCAUUAUCAAGGCCGUAUCCAUGGCGCUCUAUCAGUUCCCCAUCCUCAACGCGCGGGUCGAUAUCGACCAUUCGUCCUCCAAACCCUCCCUCGUCAUGCGCAGCCAGCAUAAUAUCGGCGUCGCCAUGGACACCCCGCAGGGCCUCCUAGUGCCCGUGAUCCGCAACGUCGGAUCGCUCAACAUCCUCUCCAUCGCCUCGGAGCUGACGCGGCUGCAAAAGGCGGCUUUUGCGGGCAAGCUGACGCCGGUGGACCUCGGCGGCGGCACCAUCACCGUCUCCAACAUCGGCAACAUCGGCGGGACCUACCUGUCGCCCGUCAUUGUCGACAAGGAGGUGGCAAUCCUCGGCAUCGGCCGUAUGCGCGCCGUGCCGGCGUUCGAGGGGGAGGACUCGGACAGGGUGGUGAGGAAGCACAUGUGCAACUUCAGCUGGAGCGCGGACCAUCGCGUGGUGGACGGUGCGACCAUGGCGCGGGCCGCCGAGGUGGUGCGCAGGGUCGUGGAGGAGCCCGAUGUCAUGGUCAUGCACCUCCGAUGA